UUUCUCUCUUUUUUAACAUCUUUAUUAAUUUAAUUUAAUUUUCAGUAGCUUUAACAUGCUCAAAAUCUCUCUGAAUUUCUCUUUCAUUAACCACAAGCUAAUCCAAUUUUAUUUCUGUUUAAGCUAUCAAAUCUUUGCGUAUUCGUGUUGGUUUUGUGGAUUUUAUUAGCUCAUGAAAUCUAGGGUUUAUGGCACAGACUCGAAGAUACGUUCCUAAUCAACAAUUAGAUCUUGAACAGAUAUUGCGAGAAGCUCAAUACCGUUGGCUUCGGCCUGCUGAAAUUUGUGAGAUACUUCGCAACUACCAACGGUUUCACUUAACGCCAGAUCCACCUACUCGGCCACCAGCUGGUUCUCUCUUUCUGUUUGAUCGGAAAGCUCUUCGAUAUUUCCGUAAAGAUGGUCACAGGUGGAGGAAGAAAAAAGAUGGAAAAACCGUCAAAGAAGCUCAUGAAAAGUUGAAGGCUGGUAGUGUGGAUGUUCUCCACUGCUACUAUGCCCAUGGGGAGGACAAUGAACACUUUCAGCGACGAAGUUAUUGGAUGCUUGAUGGGCAGUUAGAGCACAUUGUUCUUGUGCAUUACCGAGAAGUAAAAGAGGGGUACAAGUCUGGCAUCUCCCGUUUGGUAACAGACCCAGGAUCACAGAUUGAAAACUCUCAAACUAGUUCAACUCACUCCUUUGCACAAGCAAACUCACCUGCCCCCACAGUUCAGACUUCUCAUGCAUCGAGCUCGAGAAAAGUUGAUUGGAAUGGACAAGCAUUAUCUUCAGAGUUGGAGGAUGUGGAUUCCAGGGAUGGUCCUGGAACCACGUCUCUUGUUCAACCUAUCUAUGGUUCCAUGUCACAGAAUACUUCUUUACUUUCACCUGACAUUGCAGGACUUUCUGAGUUAUCAAGGCAUUCUCCAGAUUCAUGGUUUACUGGCGCUAAAUUUAAUCAUAGCACUGGAUCAAAUAUGUGGACUCAAAUUCACAACUCAAGGACCAAUGCUCUCAAUGUUCUCGACCAUGACCAGAAGCUUUAUGUUGAACAACCUGGUGGAACUGACUUCAUAACUCAUAAGCUAACUGAUGCUAGAUUGGAUGGUGAUAACACUGUACCAAACAUUGUACCUUGUGGAGAUAGGUUAAUCACUGAUGGAGAUGUCCGUGCUGUCACAGCAUCUUCACAGAGAGUAACUCAGGUGCCACAGGAGCGUGAUUUCAAUUUGACUAAUCACCAGUAUCAGAAUUCUUCUGUACCCGAGACAGCAGGUGCUUCUGUCACUCAAGCUGAGAACAAAUCCAAGGAUCAAUCAGGAGAGCUGAAGAAACUAGACAGUUUUGGAAGAUGGAUGGAUCAAGAAAUUGGUGGAGAUUGUGAUGAUUCCUUGAUGGCUUCAGACUCUGGAAAUUAUUGGAAUACUCUUGAUUCUGGGAAUGACGACAAGGAAGUAUCCAGUUUAUCACACCAUAUGCAGUUGGAGAUAGAUUCACUGGCCCCUUCUCUUUCCCAGGAACAGCUAUUUAGUAUUCGUGAUUUCUCACCAGAUUGGGCUUAUUCUGGAGUUGAAACAAAGGUUUUAAUCAUAGGCACAUUUUUGGGAAGCAAAAAGCUCUCAGGUGAUACCAAGUGGGGCUGUAUGUUUGGUGAACUUGAAGUUCCUGCUGAAGUGUUGACAGAUAAUGUCAUCCGAUGUCUAGCUCCUUCACAUUCUCCUGGGCGUGUUCCAUUUUAUAUCACUUGCAGUAACAGGUUAGCGUGCAGUGAGGUGAGGGAGUUUGAAUAUCAUGAAAAACCAAUGAAAUCUUCAUUUUCUGCGGCUUUGAGAAUUUCACUGGAGGAGGAAGUACGAUUCCAAACACGUCUAGCAAAGUUGUUGUAUUUAGACCCAGAGAGGAAGUGGUUGGAUUGUACUAUUGAGGAAUGUGACAAAUGUAAGCUGAAAAAUACCAUAUAUUCUAUGAGAGACACCAGUGAAAAGGGCUGGGGACAGGUUGAAGAGACUAAUCUGGUCUUUGAAGAUCAUCGGCCAAAUUCUAGUGAAAAGCUGAUUCAGAAUUUGCUAAGGGACAGACUUUGUGAUUGGCUAGUCUGGAAAAUUCAUGAAGAUGGUAAAGGUCCUCAUGUUUUAGAUGGUUGCGGACAAGGAGCCAUACACUUGGCAGCUGCUCUUGGCUACGAAUGGGCUAUGGGUCCCAUAAUUGCUGCUGGUGUCAGUCCUAAUUUCAGAGAUGCAGGAGGAAGAACCGCACUUCACUGGGCAUCAUAUUUUGGGAGAGAGGAAACCGUUAUUGCACUUAUUAGAUUGGGUGCAGCUCCAGGUGCGGUUGAGGAUCCAACACCAGCAUUUCCUGGAGGACAAACUGCUGCUGAUUUAGCAUCAAGUAGAGGACAUAAAGGGAUUGCUGGAUACUUGGCCGAGGCAGAUUUAAUUAGUCAUGUUUCUUCAUUGACUGUCAAUGAAAACGGGAUUGACGAUAUUGCUGCAACUCUUGCCGCAGACAAGGCUACAGCUCAAGUUGGUGUAGAGUCGAAUGGGGCGGUGGCUGAGCAGCUUUCUUUGAGAGGAUCUCUUGCUGCUGUUAGGAAAUCAGCUCAUGCAGCUGCUCUAAUUCAGCAAGCCUUUCGUGCUCGUUCAUUCCGUGAUAGACAAUCAACUAAGAGCCUUAAUGAUGUCUCUGAAGUUUCAGUUGACCUAGUUGCUCUUGGCUCUUUGAAUAGGGUUCAAAAGAUGAAUCAUUUUGAGGAUUAUUUGCAUUUAGCAGCCGUUAAGAUCCAACAAAAAUAUCGUGGUUGGAAAGGAAGAAAAGAUUUUCUGAAGAUACGAAAUCGAAUAGUGAAAUUACAGGCUCAUGUCAGAGGGCAUCAAGUCCGCAAGCAAUAUAAAAAGGUUGUUUGGUCUGUCAGCAUUGUCGAGAAGGCAAUAUUGCGAUGGAGGAGAAAGGGGACUGGUUUGCGAGGAUUUCGACUUAAAAACACAAUGGCCAACAUGGCACCAGAGAUCGAUAAAACUGAUGAAUAUGAGUUUCUGCGAAUUGGCCGGAAGCAAAAAUUUGCUGGAGUUGAAAAGGCUUUGGAAAGAGUUAAAUCCAUGGUUCGUAACCCAGAGGCACGUGAUCAGUAUAUGAGACUAGUUAAGAAAUUUGAAAAUUUUAAGAUGCUUGACGAAGGAAGCAGUGCACCGUUGCAAAAUGAAAGUUCUCUAAACAGUAAAGCAGAGGAUAAAUUGUAUGCAUCUGCAGCUGAUCAAUAAUCUAGAUAAUGUUGGUAUGGAACUAAACUCUGUGCAGUUAACUAGUGUCUAACUUGGAUUAAUGGAGGGUUUGUUGACGUUAAGAAAGACAGGAUAGAGGAGAGGGGAGGCUGGGAGAUUGUACAUGUGUCUUUUUUUAUUUUUUGUGUUAACAUUAGUAAUUUGUUUACCCGAUUAUAGGGUUAAGGAAAUGAGACAGCAGCCAAGUUGAUUAAUGGUUGUAAUAACAAGUUAGUAGUGCUAGUUCUCACAGUUAGCUUAUGAGUAUUAAAAAGUGUUAUUAAAUGCAUAAGUUUAUCAAAAAGUGAAGUUGACCCUAUCAAA